AAAAAUCACCUCAGUCGGAGUUUGAAACCGACCAAACUAAGCGACCUGCAGAGUGUAACCAGAUAAAAGAGGAGAGAAGACAACAAACAGUCCUCUGCUGCUGUGCAAAACCACCUGUGGCUCCGACUUCAACUUUCAACCUCCAAAAUCUACAAAUGGCCAUGAUGCUGAAAGCAUGGACAGUGCUGGCGGCUGUGGUGCUGUGUGUAUUGAUGUGUCUGGGAACACUGGCGGAUGCCUACCCCCCUAAACCUGAGAACCCUGGUGAAGAUGCCCCACCUGAGGAGCUUGCCAAGUACUACACAGCGCUGAGACACUACAUCAAUCUGAUCACCAGGCAGAGGUAUGGAAAGCGUUCAGGUCAGGAGGAUGUGUUUGCAGAGCUGUUGUUUGGCGGCGACAGCAACAGAGGCCAGAGAUCACGAUACGAUGACUCCUACAUGUGGUGACUCCUCCACUUUUCUCCCUCCCCAUCAGGCAUUCCCUCAGGGUGCAUCCCAGAAUGCUCCUUGAGGGGCCAAAAUGUGCCUCUCGCCUCUGACCCCUGAACCCUGCCCCAUCCAGUAACCCUCACUGACCACAACUCAAGCUCUCUUUGUCCCUUUUGUCGCUGUCUUACUGUACAUCUUGUCAUUACAACAGAAUUGCGUAUAAAUUAUUAUCAAAGUAAAAUAUAUAUAAGAUCAGAACUACUAAUCAGAAUGUGUCUGUGUGUGUCAGCGUUAACGUCCCGCCGCUGUCCAAUGCUGUUUACAGGAGGAAGGUCUUGUUUUAACGUUGCUGCUGUCAAAAGCAACAUUAGAAGAGAUCAAUAAAACUUUUCUGUGUGAUUAAAA